CUCCUUUAUCCCCCCUGUUUUCUCUAUUUGCUUUUAAAGCUUCUCAGGAGAGUGUGAGAGCAAUCCUUAGCUUGUCCAUGCAAGGACAGGAAAGCAGCAAGAGCAGAAUAUUUUUCAAGUGGGCAGUGCAGGCAUAUUCCUUUGCUGUCGACUACAACUCUUCUUCUUCUCUGACCAGAUCACAGUCAGGUAAGUCCAUGCCAAAGCUUAAUUAUGGGAGUACUAAAGUACACUAAUUCUAGUAACAGGAAUAAUAAGGGUGGAUCUCUCCCAAGCUUACCAAAUACAUUUUGUUAUAUUGCCUCCUUUACCUGAUUAUGCCUAGUUUAAUAGAGAUGUAAUAUAGGUUCAGCAAAGUUUUUAAGAACUUUCCAUAUUUCAGCUUCUGAAAAUCCUUUUAGACUACUGAAAGGAUUAAUGGAUAGAAGAGAGUACUGUCCUAGGGAGACACAGCGGUUCAUUCCGGCUCAGCAUGAGGUUUUCCACUGAUGAUAUCUAACCAGUUACAGUAUUUUCUAUUUUAUCUUCUUUUUAGACAAUUAUUGGAAAGGUAAAAUAUCCUAUUUUUCAGAAACUUUUCACUGAGUAGCUUGGAUAAGAGAAGCCAGGAAAAGAUAGAAGAUCUUUUCUAAUAGAGAAAUCUUUAUUAGUCAGAUAACUUUGUAGCAUUUAUUGAAGCCUGGAUCUUUCACAGUAAUUUUGUUUAUGUUUAUUUCACAAAAUGAUCUACAAGGGGAAAAAUAGUAGUCCUGGGAGCACAGAGAAGCGUGAUGUAGCACCAGUCUCAAGUAAGGAGGUGUCCAGAGUAACACUUAUUUGGGGACACCUAUACUUGCCAAAAACUUUUCAAGCAGAAACUCUAUAUGACUUGGGUGCUUGAUAUCUUUAGGACCAUCUUCUCCUGGCAGAACGUUAGACAAUCUGGCAAAGAAAAGAUGCAGCAGCUCUUCGCCCCUAGAAAGUUUAGGGCUGGGAACCCAGAAAACGGCAUGCUUAAUGGCAGCCGACUCUCUGUAAACAGAUUCCCCUUGGUGAUUCGGCUGCCUCUUCCCUUUCUUUCAUCUUUUAGAAAGCUUUAGAAGACUUCCCUCUAACACAGGAGUUAGAAAGAGUGAAUUUUAUGGAAGACUGCAGAUUACCCACCUUGAUUUUGUUCAAGAUUUAACGUUUCAAGCAUUUUAUAUUUUUAUUGGGCUUUUAAAAAUGCAUCAUUGUAGACCAACUUCAGUCACUGAAAGAAGUGACAUACAAUCUUAAUAAAUAAGUAAACAAAUAUUCUUUGUUGCCAUGUAGUGCCAUCAGGAUUUUAUAGCUCAGAUCUUGAGAGUGCGGGAGGUAGUAGAUUUAAAGUAUAGACACUGAUUUGCUUCUGUUAACCAGUUUGCUUUCUAUCAAUGUAUGGCAGAGAUCAAACCACACUCCUUUUUAAUUAAAUGGAGAUUUAAAAACCCACCAUAAUUUGCAGAUUGACAAUAUAUUAAUUUAACAAAGUUGGGCUGUGGCUUUGGAGAGGAUUUGUGUGUGAUUGGAUUGCGUUAUAUUCUUCUUAUUGUUGUCAGUAUUAGCUUACUCAGAACUGUUAGGCUUGUGCUAUAGAAAUCAGUGGAUAUCACAUUUCCAUUUUUCAGUAGAUUGCUGCUGAAAUUCAGGUAAGGUUUAAAAAAAAUCAAGAUGUCAGCCAUGACCACGUGAUUGAAGCCCCACCUGUUUUGUCCAAAGGUCACACUGUAACUGUAACUGCCAUUUUUAUAUUUUGAAAUAUAAAAUAUAACACAGGAGCAUCUUUGUUUAUGGGGUCAAUUAGGUUAAAGUGGCAGGUGUAACCAGGUUUUCAAAACCUUGUUCCUUUUUAUAUGUGUUUUGCAUGCAUCUCAUGCAUGUAAAAAAGGGUGUGGCUUUGAUUACUUAGGCACGCCUGCCGUUUUUGUUAUUUAUCUGCCCUGGAUGUCUCUGCCCUGCCACUGCCUUCUUUAUUUAUAGGGGCUGUUGCUGCUGCUCCUUCAGAAAAAUAGAGAUUAUUGUUUACAACAAAGCCCUGGUGCUUGAUGGAUCGGGUUGUUCUUAAAUUAUACAGACCCUUGUAGUGUUUUUCCUGCUAUUUCUUCUUCAAGGUAGAAAAAAUGUGGAGUCCAUAAAAAGAUGUGCCUCUUUAUUACAGUAAGGGCCUUUCCUAUGGGAUGAUUCCUUAAUCUAGUUUAACUGACCUAUCUCCAUUCCAUUAUUGGAUCCAGAUUUUACGCCCCAGCAUUGUUGCCAAUCAAAACAGACGAUGGUGGGCUAAGCAAAUCAGUGGUCUAACUUGGGAUAAGGUCAUUUUAUAUUUUCAUGUAAAGUAAAUAAGAGUUUUAUCUAUAUAAAUUACUUGAUUCCUUUUGCAGUAAAAUGGCUGAUUAUCUAACUUGUUCUGUUUUUAAGCAUAUAUUUAUAAUUCCAAAUUUGCCUUAUUUCCUACAGGUUUUCUUUUAAGAUAAGUCACCUGAAGUGUCAUGUCUUCUUCUGAGCCCCCCCAAGGCUGUGGCAACAUAUCCUCUGACUACUAUUUCCUCUGUAACACCAAUGUUUAUUGGGGGAUUAUUCUGGAAGCUCUGGCUGUAGCUGGUGUGUUUGUCACAAUCAUCCUCAUUCUGGUGCUUUUUUCCCUUAUCUGUAAAACCCAAGACAAUGCAAAACGUAGUCUGAUCCCAAUCCAGUUCCUCUUCCUGUUAGGCACUCUAGGAAUUUUUGGGCUCACAUUUGGUUUUAUCAUCAGGCUCAAUGAGCACACUGGCCCCACACGUUUCUUCCUUUUUGGGGUCCUCUUUGCCCUCUGCUUUUCCUGCCUUCUGGCUCAUGCCUUGGACCUCACCAGGUUGGUGAGAGGAAGACAGCCAUUUACAGGACUAGGGUUGCUGAUUAUGGUCCUUGGUUUGACUGUUGUACAAGUGAUUAUAGCUGUACAAUAUGUAGUAGUCAAUAUCAAAGCCUUGAAGGCUCUACACGAUGAGAUGGGUGAUCACGGACGAAGAGACUUUAUUUUAAUACUCAUCUAUGUACUUUUCCUGAUAUUUCUCCUCUUCAUAGUUUCCAUGUUUGUGUUUUGUGGCUCAUACAAGAGAUGGAAGAGGCAUGGUAUCCACUUAUUCUUCACAGCCCUUUUCUCCAUAGGCAUUUGGGUGGCAUGGAUUGCUAUCCUGAUGCAUGGUAUCAGCGAUUUAGGUAAACCAUCAGAAUGGAACGAUCCUCUCCUUGCAGUUGCUCUGAUAGCAAAUGGCUGGGUUUUCUUGAUUCUGUAUACAAUACCUGAACUCUGUGUCCUCACUGCUCCACGGAAGCCUGGAGAUUACCCUCUGGAGACUAAUACUUGCCAGCCAAAGGGCCUGAAAAAAACUUAUGGAAUAGAAAAUCAAGGUUAUGCUCAGGAAGACAACAGACAAGAAGAAAAUUCUGACUCAUAUGUCCCUUAUUCAACUCAUUUUCAACUGAAGGACCUUGAGCCUCAACAUGAGUUCUCCAUUCCCCGCCCUAAAGCACGGCCCAGUCCAUACGAAGAGUAUUCUGGAGGGAAAGAUAUCAAGCAAUAGCCUCUCAAUGAAGAAGGAGAAGCAACGUUGAGUUGACUGAGGUGUUGGUAUAGCGGUGCUUCAGUUUUGCAAAAUCAGGGACACUGCUCACAUUGCCAUGGAUGAAGGAAGAUUGUUUUCGUUUUCUUCUGUAGGUCUUCUGGCUCAGCACAUGUAGCACUUUAUACCUCUGAAUUCAGUAAUGAACCUCUUCCCCCCCCACCCACCGUGCCUUUACACAACUAUAACUACCCUCCAUCAAAUCUUUAUUAACUGGGCCUAAACCCCUGAUCCAUAUGUGAGGAUGGGAGACUUGAAAUGGGAUUCUUCCUCUGUGUUUACUGGUUCCCUGUGUAAUUUUGAUUCUCUCUUCGCAUGAGUUCCAAAUUGUUCUCUGUGUACGGGGAGCUUAGACCCUGUUUUAGAUUUCUCACCAUGAUGGAUUGGGGGGGGGCAGCAAAGUUGGAAUGGAAGGACCAUUCUUCCCAUCAAUCAGAACACAGCUGGAGGGGACCUUGGAGAUCUUCUAGUCCAACCCCCUGUUCAAGCAGGAGACAUUAUAUAAUGAUCACAUAUGGGCUGGUUACCUUGUGAAAAUGAUGAUGUCUCUAAGAUCUAUCAAUAUUUUUUUCUCUAUCUGUCUGAGCUCACUUUUCCUCAGCAGAGAGAUUUAUCCCAAUGAUAGGGGCUGCUGAACAUAGACGCCGAGAGCUUUCUGACCAUUACUAGUCUCUGAAUUAACUGUAUUUGCUUAUUUAUUUUUCUAUCUAAAGCACUGAAAUUAGGAUGAUCAUCAUGAUGUUUAAAAUGCAAUUUCAUGACCAUCUAUUUUCACAAAGGGGGUCUGGUGAAGCAGUCAUAACAGGGAGCAGCUUUUGAUUUAAGUCUGAUUUACCAUUUUCCACAGUGUAUAAUAAUAGAAACUAUUCAUUUGCACCAUCAUUCUUAGCCUAUACUACCUGGGAUGAAGGGAGAUGACACAUCUGGGAAAUACUAGACUGGGGAAGUUUGCAACAAUGAUGUAGGUGAGCCUAGAUAGCAAGAACUUCUGAAAUGGUUGCAAUGGAAGCAAUUGACCCUGCAGUAUGUGAUUCUUGAGAAUAAGCCUUAUUAUAUAUAACCUUUGCCAAUAUCUGUUAAAAUGUGUAGCAGAUACUCUAAGAAGAACAGCAAAUGAUACGCGCCUUAAAAGUGGUUUAUUUUAGAGAGAAAUAGAAGGAAAAAUCCUUAGCUCAAGUCAGUGACACCAAAUCUCUUAUGUUGCUUGACUUUUAUAGGAGACAGGUGUUUACAUUUCCCCACUGAAAUCAAUGGGAAAACACAAGUAUAUGGUAUUCUGUAUUUUGUGGGAAAGCAGUCCAGGAUGGUUGCUUAUAUGCUUUCGUCUGCCUUAUGUAAUAUUUAUUUAUAUAGUUCUUCUGUUACCUUGAAUAUACACAUGUAAUAAAUAUAUAAAUAUAUAUUAUAUGUGUUUGUACCUCCUCCUUUUGUAAUUCCUUUUCAUGUGGUAUAGUCUACCAAACAGAUGUGCUCUAUGCACCUAUGAUGUACAGAGAGUUCAUUAUAAGGCCAUUAGCAUAUUUUAGAACAUAUUAUUAAAGAUUAUCAUCCAUGGAGCAACUUUGCCUCACCUGAAUUUUACAGCUUGCCAAGAAAAAUAUCUGGGUGAUCUUGCUGAAAGCUUUGCUGAAUUUAAAAUAUUAUAUCCAUGGCCAUAGCAUUCCUCUAAUCCACUAGCUCAGUAUUUGUAAAAAGAAAUUGUAAAAAGAGAGAAAAAGAAGAAGGAUACAAAACUAGUUCGACAUGCUUUGCUUCUUCAGUGCCAUAGAAUCACUGGCCGAUGCGCAUGCGUGCACCAGAAACUGGAAGAUCAUCUUCCCAGCACGUUCAUGCGCACCGGGAAGCUGCUCUUUAGGUUUCUGGCACACACGCUCGUGCUCCCAUUUCGGCUGAAAAGGUUCACCAACAUUGUCCUAUGAGAUAUGCAGUUUCUGGCUAUGGAAAAGUUGUCAGGCCUUAGUUUAAAAGGUGCAUUUCCUUUAAAGGCUGUAGGGGAAAAAAAAGGCAGAUCACUCUCAGGCAUUAAGUCCAAAGGUUUAUUUUAUCAAGUCGCUACCAGCUACAAAUAAAUAUCCUAUAAACUUGCUUAAGCUGCACUGAGAUUGCUUUUGAUUCAAUAAAAAUAAACUUGUAAAUGUGUGUACCCAAAGCGAUACCCUUUUGAACAUCAGAAGGCUUAUUUCUGAGUAAACGCAUUUAACCAGCUAAGCCAGAUGCCUGCAGUGAUAAUCUAUUGGCAAAUCAUGUUACAAAUACCGUUGUGAAUUGCUUUGAGAAUUGACAUAGCUAAUAA